AUGGACACAGAAAAGGUCAAUAUAUGGUUAGACUGUGAUGUUGGUAAUGAUGAUGCCAUGGCACUCAUUUUAGCUUUGUUUCAUCCAAAAUCUAAUCUACUUGGAAUUUCCACUUGUUUUGGAAACACAAGUCUUGAAAACUGCACAAAUAAUACGAUUCGAUUGCUUAGUUCAUUAGGAAGAACUGAUGUACCAGUGUAUAAAGGAGCAGAAUUUUCUUUAAAAUCUACAAGAGCUACAACUAAAAUGCAUGGCACUUAAGGAUUGUACUCGGUUGAUAAAUUGAUUUCUUCCUUCAAGCCAAUAGAAGACAUGGAUUUAUACGAUUUGAUUAAGUAGACUGCUGGGGAUCAAGAAUUUGUCAUAGUCAUAACAGGCCCAUAGACUAAUAUUGCUAAGUUACUUAGGGAUCACGAGGACAUAAUUCCUUAAAUUUAAGAGAUAGUAUUUAUGGGCGGUACAUCAGGAUUUGGGAAUGUAACACCAAGUUCAGAAUACAACAUUUACUCAGACCCUGAGGCUGCCCAAUUCGUCAUUGAUACAUGCAAAUAGCAUUCAUUGAAAUUGGUUAUGAUUUCGUUGGAUUUAACAUACACAUGUUAAUUAUUAGAACCCCUUUAAUAAAGAAUUAAAAGCAUAAACACCAAAUUUUCUGAUUGGUGUUUGGAAAUGCUCUAGGAAUAUUAGGCAGCAUACAAGGCCUAAGAAUUCGAUUAUCCUCCAAUUCAUGAUCCUGUUGCUGUGUUUUAUGCAUUACAUCCAGAAAUGUAUGUAAUUAAGCCUGUGUAUUGUGCAGUUGAUUGCGAAUCUAAAUUGUGUUAUGGGAGAACUGUUAUUGAUAAAUAAGGAAUUCUUGGAUAAGAGCCCACCUUACAAUUUGCAAGAAAAGUAGUAGUUGACUAAUUUUGGAACUAAAUGAUUGAAGCAAUUCAAGUUGCAGCAAAGAAUUCAAAAAUUGAAUGA